AGCAGCUCUUGUCAGAUUGACUUGUGUUGCACCACUGAGAACUACGGAUGCAUAGACUAAGAUAAAAAGAGGCUUAGCUACAUGCCUCAAAACUGUGCACUGUGCCCUGAACUGGAAAUAAAGCUGGACUUAUGAAAAUGAACUCCUUUACCACACUGUCCAGGAAGACAUGACUGCAAUCUGUGGAUUUAUUUAACUCUACAAGAAGGAAUUAACCAAGGAGGAAGCAAGUACUUAAGUUACAACCACACCUUGAGUACACAGGACCUGAGUCGACAGAGAGACAGACUCCGAUGUCAAGACAUGAGACCUCCCCGACUACAGUGCAACCAGCAGGCAACAACCGUCCCAACGCCUGCUGCUUCUGUUGGUGUUGUUGCUGCAGCUGUUCCUGUCUUACUGUUAGGAAUGAAGACCAGGACCGGACGAGGAAGGCCUCCCGAGAUACAAAACUGGAUACCAUACCAAACUGUGAAACUUGCACUAACCCAACUUUGGAUGAGGUCUACGUGUGGUCACAGUCCUUCGACAGGCUGAUGAAGAACCCCGCGGGAAGGAAUGUCUUCAGGCAGUUUUUGCGGACUGAAUACAGUGAAGAGAAUAUGCUGUUUUGGUUAGCAUGUGAAGAACUCAAAAAAGAGGUCAACAAAGGUCUUAUUGAUGAAAAAUCACGCAUAAUUUAUGAAGACUAUAUCUCAAUAUUGUCACCAAAGGAGGUCAGCCUUGAUUCACGAGUACGGGAAAACAUCAACAGAAAAAUGCAGGAACCCACAGCACACACAUUCGAUGAUGCUCAACUCCAGAUUUAUACGCUAAUGCACAGAGACUCCUAUCCAAGGUUCCUGAACUCUACAAUAUAUAAAUCAUUGAUCCAGAGUGUUUCACGCUCCUCCUCGGAGUCCUAGCUCUUUUACCAUGCAAUCACUGAGGAAAGUUUUACAUUUUUAAAUUUUAUUUUAAUUUUUUUACACCAGUGUCAAAGAAUAUAUAUAUAUAUAUAAAUCUAUAUAUAAAUCUAUAAAAUAUGGCAACAUUGAUGAAUUCGGAGGUGUCUGGGACCAAGAGUGUUUUCAAACCUCUCUGUUACUGCAGGAUGAUAAUGAAUUUAAUUUCCAAUGGAUUAAAAACUUGCUGACCACUGAGUGCUUACUUUCUUCUGUUUUUGGAGUUGCUGUCUCUUCCCAGUAAACAUCUGCCAUCAUCUCAUGUGCUCUUCCAUCCAUCUGUCCAUCCACUUUGCCUACACUGAUAGUAUAUGGGCACAGAUCCCCACCAGCAGACCAGGGGAACAAGUGAUCUUCUGCAUGGACUUCAACUCAGGCUUCUUCAGUAACCUGUGUACUGUUGCCAAAUGUAGUACACAGCCUGUCAAGAAAGAGAAUCGCCAAGCCUUGGUUUAUAAGGACCGAGCAACUAAGAGAGUGAGGAAGAAUGUGAGAAGAACGAACAAACAAUCUAACAAACGCCUCAAGUUUCUGCAGAAAUGAUGAAAAAUAUUCCAUGAGGCCCUGUUACUGGGAUUUGUGCUGUUAUGCUAGUCUCUGUGGUGUCUUUAUAUCAGUGUUAAAGUACUUUAGGGUGAGAAGUAUGCAAGCAUACUCAGAUAACUGCUACUGUAUUGUUGUGGCCAUAAGAGCUGUUUUUUCUUGUUACAUUCCUUUUGGGGAAAAAGUCUAUUACAGCUGUCAUUUGUUCUGUUUCAUGUCUCCUGGUACAGUAAUCAAGAUGGGAAAAAGCAUUCCACAAACAUUACCCAACUAAAUCUGUUACUGUAUCUGUGUUAUUUGUACUGUAAAUGUUACUAGUAGGAAUGAUUUGAGCAAAAUGAAAAACUUCCUGGAAUGCCAUGACAGGUAGUGAAAGUUUGAUUUGCUCUGUUCACAUGUGGCUCAUAAUUUAAUCAUGUAUGGACAGUCUCUCCACCCCCACCACCCAGUUUUCUUCUCAGUUCUGCAAGAGUUUGUGUACUUUGCAGCUCACAUAACUGUUUGUAGUUAAUUUAGUGCACCAGAAAAAUGGCAGAUGAGUUUGGAACUAAGCUGCUAGCUGGCCAUUAUUUUAUCAGACAUGGUUAGCGUACUAAGUAUUAGUAAACUUUUCAGAUAUACUUUUCAUGCUGUGAAAAAAAAUCACUGCACAAGUGGCCACUAAGAAAUCAGCUAGCCAAAAACAAUUGUUUUACACUUUUGAUAUGCAUUACUUUCAGUGCAGUAAAAGAUUAAUAUUUGUAAGCAGGUGUGAGCUGCUCAUUUCCAGAAUCUGCUAACCUAGCUAGAUUAUUAUUAUUAUUUGUUUUUUAAUCAUUGGUCCCUGAAUUUUCUGGAAUGUCCCAUGAUUCUUACAGCAGAAAUUUUAACUAAAUUUACAGUUUGUCAGUGCAGUUACACAUCAGUGUGGCUGUGAUGUGAAAGAUCCACUGACCAACCAGAUUAUGCCAGUGUACACAUUGAACUGCCUAAAGUGUUACACUCCUCAGGGCAAGUAAGGCUAAUAAAAGUGCAGCUGAAACAGAUGGGUGUAAACCCUUAUGUGAGUCUACAGUGGCCCUCUGACAUGCUCCUGGAAAUGAAUGUUCACACGACGAAAUGAAUUCUGAGCUGGACAUUUUGUGGUAAUGGUAAGGGAAGUGCUAAACUGUGAUUACAUUAACAUGUUUUGUUGUUUUAGCAUGAUGACGUCUUUGCCAUAAAGGUGUUGUUACUGUUCCUCAUAUUAUCCACUGUGUGACAAAACGGUCAGUGGUAUAUGUGUCAGGUCAUCAUUAGCGUUACUGUUCCUCAUAUUAUCCACUGUUUGACAAAACUGUCAGUGGUAUAUAUGUCAUCUCAUCACUAGCACAGUCCCUUUUUUUUCAUUAUGAAGGAAUGGAGCAGUUCCAACCUAUGCCAAUUGUGUGGAAGUAUCAGAUGUGCUGGGGUGAGAUGCAUAUUCUUCUCCAUGAACUCUGCAAAGCUGGGCGUGCUGCUGGUACUGUUCUCAAGUACUUUGGCUGUAAAACUGAAUUAAAGUUUUUCUCCACUCA